AUGAGCGUGCGGCAAGACACACCGCGAUGGGCAAGAGGGUUGGAUAGAGAACGUGUACAAACUCAAAAGAGAAGGAACAGGUCUCGAACUCGGACCGGCGAUCAGCGGUCUCAGUACAAGAAGUGGCGAGCACGAGCACGUUCUUCUGUUGAGCGACAAAGCAUCAAUCUGGCUUGGUGGCACGAUACACGGAGAUGUGUCGUCCGUGUCUCCCCUUCUCUGCUCACGGAUCCCGAUGAUUUGGCUGCUGGAAAUUCAUGCAGACGUGUCCACGUUCCUUCCAGUGGCAUAUCCUCUCUGCACUCCGCAUUAGACACGUUUGUCCUUCUCGCUUUCUGA